CCGGUCAGGGCCGGAAGCCUGGUCGCGGAUCCGCGUGUGUGCGUGGGAGAGCGGUGCAGACGCUCGAGCUACACACCUCCAGAGAGAGAAAUCAAGAGGGAAGAAGGAGAUAGGGAGAUAGAGACACCUGCAGCACUGCUUCGCCACUAAUGAAGCUCCCCCACCCCGGGUUUGAAUCUGGGUCCCUAUGCAUUGUAAUAUGUGCAUUCAACCAGAUUUCCUUAUACUCUGGAUUCUGACUAUAUGAUAAUGAAUGAAACUUUGGCAUUAGAUGUCAUUGGCCGAAGAGUUGAAGUUAAUGGACACCGUGCAACAGUGCGUUUUUCUGGCAUUGUACCUCCUGUGGAAGGACUCUGGUUAGGAGUAGAAUGGGACAAUCCUGAGAGAGGAAAGCAUGAUGGAAGCUAUGAAGGCACUGUAUAUUUCAAAUGCAGGCACCCAACAGGAGGAUCUUUUAUUCGUCCAAACAAGGUAAAUUUUGGAGUAGACUUUAUUACCGCAGUUAAGAAUCGCUAUGUGUUGCAAGAUGAACCAGAGGAAGAUGGAAAAGAGCAAACUUUAAUUGGAAAGAAACCUGUAGAAAAUGUUGGUUUUGACUCUGUUAAAAAAUGGCAAAGUCAGCUGAACAAGUUGGAAGAAAUCUGUCUGAUGAACUGUGCAGUCAGUUGUGCUGGUGACAAAGGAGAAAUCGCCAAUCUGUGUCCUAAUAUUAGAGUGUUAAGCUUGUCAAAAAACCUAUUGUCAUCAUGGGAUGAAGUGAUAAAUAUUGCAGAUCAACUUAAACGCUUAGAAUCUCUGACUCUCAGUGAAAAUAAACUAAAAUUUCCCUCUGGCUUACAAUCUCUACCCGGAACCUUUUCCACACUGAAGACUUUAGUCCUUAACCGAACAGGAGUAACAUGGAGUGAGGUGCUUCGGUGUGCCUCUGGGUGGCCAGUCUUGGAAGAGCUGUACCUUAAUGCUAAUGAUAUCUCCAUUUCAGAAAGGCCAACUGAUGUUCUACAGAUGGUCAAGUUUCUAGACCUUUCUUCAAAUCGAUUAAUUGAUGAAAACCAGCUAUUUCUAAUAGCCUAUCUGCCUAGACUAGAACAUCUAAUUCUUUCUGACAUUGGAAUUUCUUCUAUACAUUUUCCAGAUGCUAAAAUUGGGUGCAAAACUUCAAUGUUUCCUUCUUUGCAAUACCUCAUAGUAAAUGACAAUCAAAUAUCACAAUGGUCAUUUAUCAAUGAACUGGAUAAGCUGCAGAGUCUGCACUCUCUCUCCUGCAUGAGAAACCCCUUGACUGAAGGAGCCACAGGAGCCGAGACCACACGUCAGUGGAUCAUCGCCAAAAUCGGUCAGCUGAAGACCCUGAACAGAUGUGUGAUUCUUCCAGAGGAAAGGCGUGGAGCUGAAAUUGAUUACCGAAAAGCUUUUGGAAAUGAAUGGAAAAAGGCUGGUGGACAUCAGAAUCCAGAGGAAAACAGACCAAAUGAAGAGUUUACAGCAGCCCAUCCUAGAUACCAGCUCCUCUGCCUUAAGUAUGGUGCGCCUGAAGAUGGGGAAUUCAAAACCCAACAACCAGUUUUGCUCAAAAAUCAGCUACUAACACUGAAGAUAAAAUGUCCUAAUCAACUUGAUCAGAAAGUCAUAGAAAAGCAACUGCCAGAGUCCAUGACAAUUCAAAAGAUGAAAGGAUUGCUGUCACGUUUGCUCAAAGUUCCUGUGUCACAACUUCAGGUGUCCUAUGAAAGUCCCAAAAUGCCUGGCAGAGAGAUUGAACUGGAAAAUAACCAGCAGUCCUUACAGUUUUAUUCCGUGGAAAAUGGAGACUGUCUAUUAGUGCGAUGGUAACAACCAGUUGCAAGAAUUCAGAGUCUAGACUAAAUCAUGACUGGGGCUCACAGAAAAUAAACGAUUGUUAUUAGAACAAAUCUAUGGUCAAAAUCUUAAAUGAGAUUUUACAACUUGCUUUAUGUAUAGAAAAGGUUGUAUUUUUCACUGGGAAUAAGCCAUUUCUAGACUUGUAUAUAAUAGCAAUAAUAAACUAUAUUGAACCUA